GUUUAACAGGAAUAUCCGUGCUUCUCGUACCUUAACUCCAAAGCUUCGCUAAGCCCCACUAAAAGAUUCUGCGAUCCGACGAGAUAAAUCUUUUCUGGAGAGGACCUCGUCACCUCGUGCUCGUGACAAUCCGCCAAUUCCAUCCCAUCCACCCUUCGCUUCACCACCACCUAACACCACCGCUGCCGCGGCCGCCGCACCGCGAUCCGCCGCUCUCGCGCAGUUCAGUCAACAGUUCGUCUCACCCCCCGUCAUACGAGCGAGUAACGCGCCGAUCGAUAUCCUGCGACCGGGAAAUCCUGCUUUUCCCACUCCGCCGCCCGACCAACAACCCCUUCUCAACUCCCCCCCCCCCCCUGGUUUUCGAAAGCGAGCGAGCACGCAGAAAACCACCCCCCCCCCGGACGAUGGCGCCUCUCGCGGAGAAGCGCAAGUCGGAGGCCGGCGCCACUGGCGCUCACGCGAAGAAGCGCCGGCGGCUGAGCGACGCCGGGGACACGGGCGCGGCGUCUCGGGCGGCGAAGAGGAAACGGACGACGCAGAAGAGCGGCGACGCGGAGAGUAGUCCCGCAGCCGGCGGCGACACGGCCGCGCAGCCGGCCCCGGCCGAGCCGGCGGAGACGUCGCAGGAGAAGGAGAGGAAGAAGGAGAAGGAGAAGAGCCAGAAGGCGGAAGAGAGCAGCGAGAAGGGCCAGGAGAAGGAGGAGGAGAGCAAGAAGAGCCAGGAGACGAAGGAGGCGGGCCGCGAGACGGAGCAGGAGCAGGAGCAGCAGGCAGCGCGCGAGGCCGGCGCGCCGGCGAAGAAGAAGGCGCCGCGCUUCAUCGUGUUCGUGGGGAACCUGCCGUACUCGGCGACGCGGGAGCAGGUGGCGGCGCACUUCGCCUCGGUGCACCCGACGUCGGUGCGGCUGCUGGACGCGAAGCAGCAGCAGAAGAAGACGUCCUCCUCCUCCGCCUCCCCCCGUUCCUCGCGCGGCGUCGCCUUCGUCGAGUUCGCCCGCUACGACCACAUGGAGACCUGCCUGCGCACCCUGCACCACAGCCUCUUCCCCUCCCCCACCGCCGCCGCCUCCGCCCCCCGGCCCGGCGCGAAGCGCCCCCGCAAGCCCGAGCCCCCCCGCCGCAUCAACGUCGAGCUCACCGCCGGCGGCGGCGGCAACACCGCGCGCCGCCGCGACAAGAUCCGCGCCAAGAACGCUAAGCUCGACGAGGAGAGGGCCCGCCGCCGCGACGAGGAGGACAAGAAGAAGAAGGCUGGCGGCGCGGCCGCGGCGGUGGCGGCGGGGGAUGGUGGUGGUGGUGGUAAGGACGACGGCGAGGACGGCGCCGUCCACCCAAGUCGCCGGGGGAGAGUUGGGGAGGGGCGGCGGGCCAUUAAGUAGGCAAAGUUAGUUUCUAUUCAGGCGUCUUGAUACCCCCCCUGCUGCCCAUCUCGUUAACGCCUCGUAGAAAUGAGAUAUAAUAAAAAUUUACCGCAUUAUUUAGUUUCCUUGCGUACCAGGAGCACCAACAAAAAUAAAGCACGGCCCUUGUUUGUUCUGGUAUCAUC